GUCCCAUUCUGCUCGGCGACCAUGAACGAUGGCUGAGACUGCGGGCGCAAACAAGGAGCAUCCCCUCACCGGGGUGGUUCUCUGCUUCACCUCAAUCCUCCCCGAGCAGCGGUCCGAGAUUGCCUCCGUCGCGAGUCAGAUGGGAGCGACCCACAAGUUCGAUCUCACCUCCGAUGUCACUCACCUGCUGAUCGGCGAGGUCAAUACGCCCAAGUACAAAUUCGUCGCGCGGGAACGGGCCGACGUCACGGUCCUGAAACCCGAAUGGGUCGAGGCAGUGCGUCAGUCGUGGAUGAAGGGCGGCGACACGGACAUCCGCGCGCUGGAGGCCGCGUACCGAUUCCCGGUUUUUGGAGGCUUGUCCAUCUGUAUUACGGGGUUUGAGGAUAUGUCGGUUAGGAACUACAUCCAGGACACAGUCACGGCCCAUGGCGCCGAGUUCCGGAAAGACCUAGUGAAAAGCACCAGCCACCUGAUCGCGCGGAGCACCGAGGGGGACAAGUACAAGUUCGCGAUGCAGUGGGGGAUCAAGAUCGUCUCGAUGAAGUGGCUCACCGACAGUCUCGAGCGGGGGAUGGUUCUGGAAGAGGCCCUGUACGACCUGCAAUUGCCGUCGGAGCAGCAUGGCGUUGGCGCCUGGCAUCGAGCCUUGCCCGCGCCCAAGCCCAAGGCUGCCUCGGGGGCCGACAGUGAGAAUCCCUCGAACAACCCCCGACCCCGGAAACUGCGCCGUAUCGCGAGCACGAAGCUUGGAGACCAGAACGAAGGCAUCUGGGGCGAUAUCAUUGGCAUCGGGUUCGAGGCGGGCGACUUUGGCCGGUCCAAGGGGAGCCAGCAGAGCGAGACCCGGGCCUUGCGGAAGGCUACCUCGGGCCUCCAGGAGGUGAAGUCGUUCGCUAGCGAGACGACCAUGGCGGAGGCGCAAGAGUCCCGUCCACAGCCACCACCGGAGCCGGUCGCUAGCAAGGAUGAAGGGUUUCUGCAUGGCUGCUACUUUUACAUACAUGGGUUCUCGUCGAAACAGACGAACGUGCUACGCCACCAUCUAUCGUUCAACGGGGCACAAUUGGUGGGAUCCUUGAGCGAGUUCACCCGAUCGGACAUCCCGAAAACCGGCCACGGUCUGUACACAAUCGUUCCUUUCAAGAUGUCUAAAGCCCAGGUUCCUUCCACCGAUGAUUUGGCAUUCGAAUGCGAAGUGGUGACGGAUAUGUGGCUGGAGAGAUGCCUUGAUGCGAAAACACUCGUGCCUCCAGAAUCUCACGUCGCAAACACGCCCAUUCCCUCAUUUCCGGUCGAAGGAUUCUCUGGCCUUAAGGUUUGCUCAACCGGGUUCUUCCGUAUCGAUCUCUUGCACUUGUCCAAGCUUGUCAAUCUAACCGGCGCUACAUACAACGAGUACCUGACACCCAAGGCUUCUGUGCUCGUCUGCAACGACGCCAGCGCCGUGAACCAGGACAAGCUACGGCAUACUCAGGAGUGGGGAGUGCCAGCAGUCUCUGCGGACUGGCUCUGGGCCUCCAUUCGCCAUGAGAAAAAGCAACCUUUUGAACCCUAUCUAAUUCAAAAGCAACCCACCCAAAGUGGCAAGUCUCGGGAGACGCGAGCUGGCUCGCAUCCGGAGCAAAACGGGCCAACCUCAGCUACCAACCAGCCCACGAAAGCCACGAAAACAACCGCUCAUCACCAGACUGGCCAACCAAAAACCCGAAUCGAUGGAACAGGCCACCCUUCUCGAGCAACCGACACCACCAAAACGGAUGAGCUUGAUCCACGGCACGAAGCACCAUCCAAAGCGAAGCCAGACGACCACACCCGAGUCCCUACCCCGGUCAAAGAAUCGCCCAUCAAGAAGAACUCAAUCACCUCCACGAGCUCCUCACCGCUCAAACGCAAGAUCUCCGAUGUCUCCACCGGCCCGACCGCGCAAUCCGUCAUCGACCUGGCCGUCAGCGGCCUUAUGAAACAAGCCCGCACCAAUUCUGCUUCUGAACCCGGGGACAGCCACGGUGACCGGCCCCGCUCCCGCGCGCGGAAACCGCUCCUCGGACGCGCGCCCUCGAGCCGCACCAACAGCGGCGGCCUCGUCUCCCUCGACCAGCACCACCCGCAGACGAAAGCGUUCUCGUUCUCGCGCGCCAGCUCCAUCGACACCCUCAACGACGACGGCUGCGGCAGCGCCAUCUUCGACUCCAACCACCCCGCGGACAGCGGCGGCAUCCUCUCCCGCGCGAACAGCACCGCCGUCCGACUCGAGUACCUGGACAUGGAGGGCAGGACCGCCAGCAAUUCGAUGGUCAUGUCCGAGUACGAGCAUGAGUACGCGGGCGAGGAGGACGAGAACGAGCCGCCGGCCAUGACGCAGCUGGACUACGAGGAUCCGGACGCCGUGGCCAUGCGCGAGCAGUUCUUGCAUCAGGCGGGGAAGGCCGUGGCGAAGAAGAGUGCCGGUAAGGCUGCCGGUCUCGGGGAUCAGCAGCUGGUGCCGGAGUUCCGGGAGCUGGAGAAUGUGGGGUGGGGCGGGGGACGGAGGACGAGGCAUGGGCAGAAGACGGUUGGGGAGGGAUUUUGA